AUAUUGCGGUAUAUUUCUUGGGGUCACACGGGUUAUCGAUAAGUUCGCGCCGCUCUGUGUGUUGUGUUGUGAUUUAGUUUUUGUUAAUUGCGUUUUCUUUGUUAAUCUUUGUUAAUUGACCACCUGCAUGCUCCACCAUGGGUAUAACCGGCCUGAUACCAUUUCUGGAGAAGGCAUCGUCGAAACUGCAACUGAAGGACAUACGCGGCAGUACCGUCGCGGUGGACACUUAUUGCUGGCUCCACAAAGGUGUUUUUAGUUGCGCGGAGAAGCUGGCCCGCGGCGAGGACUGUGAUCAGUACGUGCAGUACUGUCUGAAGUACAUACAGAUGCUGCUCUCGUAUGACAUCAAACCGAUACUGGUCUUCGAUGGUCAGCACUUGCCGGCAAAGGCUUUGACCGAGAAGCGGCGACGGGAGUCGCGACAGCAGAGCAAGCAACGGGCGGCAGAACUGCUGCGCCUGGGCCGUGUGGAGGAGGCGCGCUCCCAAAUGCGUCGCUGUGUGGAUGUCACCCACGAGAUGGCCCUCAGGCUGAUACGCGAGUGCCGAAAUCGCAAUGUGGACUGCAUUGUGGCGCCCUACGAGGCGGAUGCCCAGAUGGCCUGGCUCAACAAGGCCGACAUUGCACAGUACAUCAUCACCGAGGACUCGGACUUGACGUUGUUUGGCGCAAAGAAGGUCAUCUUCAAGCUGGACCUAAAUGGCAAAGGUCUGCUGGUGGAGGCGGACAAGCUCUAUCUGGCAAUGGGCUGCCGGCAGGAGCAGUAUCAAUUCGACAAGUUUCGACGCAUGUGCAUACUAUCGGGCUGUGAUUAUCUGGACUCAUUGCCGGGCAUUGGUCUGGCCAAGGCCUGCAAGUUCAUGCUGAAAACGGAACAAGACGACAUGCGGAUAGCAUUGAAGAAGAUACCAAGCUACCUCAAUAUGAGCAAAUUGGAGGUGGAUGAUGACUACAUUGAGAACUUUAUGAAAGCGGAGGCCACCUUCAAGCACAUGUUCAUCUACAAUCCUCUGCAGCGUCGCAUGGAGCGACUGUGUGCCCUGGAGGAGUACUCGACAGAUGUAAGCUACUGCAGCAAUGCUGGCACUUUGCUGGAAGAUAGCCACCUGGCACUGCAUUUAGCUCUGGGGAACUUAAAUCCCUUUUCGCUCAAAAAACUGGAUAGCUGGGAGCCCGGCAUAGCGCUUCCUGCUGCUCCGAAAAAUACCAAAAGAUCAAAGCACAAAAGUAUUUGGCUAACAAAUGGACAACAUUCGGUCAAUGAACAGCCGGAAAAGGUGAAAUCUUCUUGUGCUUUGUUCUUCAAAAAAGUGGAUUUUGUUGGCCAAACGAUAGACGAGGAAAUCCAGGCCAAUGAGCGACUGGAGCAGGCAAAGCAAACGGAAGCGCAGGUCUUCUCCAUGUACAGCUCCAAAACGAAGCGGAGAAGAAGUGACUCCACGGAUAGAGAGCGCACACCGCCGCCAUCGCCGGUACAAACGAGAAGUCGUCACAAUCCGUUUGCCAAGGAUCCACUGCUGCGAUCCCCAGUGGUGUGUGAGAAUAGUUCUCUGCUGCGUCUGCUGAGCCCUAAGAAGUGCAGUCCUGUGGGUGGAGGAGCUGAGGAGACGCGUGUUAAUUCCCUCAAGCGAAGCAUCUUUGCCAAGGAGCAGCAGGUGGAGGUGCGCAGUCGCUUUUUUGCCACACAAGCGGAGGAGACAAUGCUGGGCCAGCAGCCGAAAAAGGAAGAGGAGUUGGGAUCAAGUGGCUCCAACAAGAAAUUAAGACUGGAAACGAAAACGAAUGCAUUUACUGACCCUACAGACGUCGUGCUCUCCGAAGAGAAUGAAAAGCCACCACUGAAUGCUUCCAGCAAUGAAGCAAGUGUCAAAUCCUUGGAAAUACUAAAGAGUGAGCCUGCCGCUUCGGACACCAUCAAUCUGCUGUCUGAUGACAGCUGCAGCUCGGAGGCAACGCUUCCUGGCAGCCAGGAAGAUGCCAGCGUUCAAUCCAACAAUUUCUUUGUGUCCAACAAACGACGUGUGGGCCUCUCCAAGCCCGCCAACACAACUGCCAAGAAGCCUUUAUCCAAGUCGAAAAACAAAUUUUCCUCCUCGAGUCCCAAUCAACCCAAACUGAGCAUGUUCGGGUUUCAGAAGAGGCCUGUUCUUAAAUGACGGUUCACCUUUCUGCACUUGUGUAGUUUUGUAAGCUAAUCUAAUUUAUUAAAGCGAAGAAGCGGCGACAACAGCAUCCAUCAA